AAAAAGUUUGUGGAGACAUUACCAGGUUAUAAUGGCAGACUUCCAUUUAAGCUUGAAACAGGUUAUGUGGGUGUGGGAGAUUUGGAGGAACUGCAGCUUUUCUACUACUUUGUAGAGUCAGAGAGGAAUCCUGUAAGAGACCCACUUGUGCUUUGGCUUACAGGAGGUCCUGGUUGCUCUGCUUUCUCUGGCCUAAUUUAUGAAAUUGGUCCAUUAAACUUUGAUUAUGAAGCCUUCAAAUGGAGUUUGCCAUCACUUUUUAUAGAGAAUCAUAUUCAUGGACAAAGACUCUAUAUCGCUGGUGAUUCUUAUUCUGGCAAAAUUGUCCCAUUAGUUGUUCAAGAAAUCGUUAACGUGAAACAUAACGGUUGUCUUGCAGGAAACAGAGCCAAACACAAGCCUUACUUGAAUCUCCAGGGAUACAUGCUUGGUAAUCCAGUAACAGAUUUACAUAAUGAUGAGAAUUCAAGAGUUGAAUAUUUCUACCGAGUGGGACUCAUAUCUAAUGAGCUAUAUACGGCUGCUACAACGUACUGUGUCGGCGAAUAUAUAUCACCAAAUAUAAGCAAUGCUGAUUGUAUGGAUACCAUUCAGCAUAUUGCAGAGUGCACUUUAAAGAUAUGUGACGCACAAAUACUGGAACCUAAGUGCACUCUUGCAUCACCAAAACCAAAGGGCUUGAAAUGGGGACGCAAAUUUUUUGAUGACACUCCCAUCGACAUUGCUUUAUCAUCAGAAGAAGUCCCUGAUAAUUGGUGCCGGAAUUCAAAUUAUGUACUCUCUUACAUCUGGGCAAAUGAUGAAGGCGUACAAGAGGCACUUCAUAUCCGAAAUGGUACAAUAACAGAUUGGAAGAGGUGCAACAAAACCUUGGCUUAUGAGUAUGACUUAUUGAGUACUGUCUUUUAUCAUAAAGAACUACUUACAGCUGGCUACCGAGCUCUGGUAUAUAGCGGUGACCAUGACAUGCUAAUUCCUUACACUGGUACAGUCACAUGGAUUAACUCCCUCAACUUAACCAUGAGUGAUGGUUGGAGACCUUGGUUUGUUGAAGGUCAAAUAGCAGGAUUCACGGUCAAGUAUUCUCGCGAUGUUGGAGAUGGUUUGACAUUUGCCACUGUAAAGGGAGGAGGUCAUACAGCUCCAGAGUACAAGCCUAAGGAGUGCCUUGCAAUGGUUGAUAGGUGGUUGUCUUAUUAUGGCAUGUAACGAUCAUUGAAGGGGGCUUAUUACAGUUUGAACCUCCAAGUUUGUCAAGAUAAAUUGAUAUAAAUUCUUCAGUAAAAUUUUAAUUAUAUAUAAAUAAUGGUAGAAACUUGUAGCAAAUGGCUGAUUGUGGUGUAUUCUCAAAUUUGAGAAACAAAAUUUUAUGAGAAAAUUUCAGUUUUACAUA